UCUAUGGGCCUCCUGGGGAAGAUGGAGUGGGUGAGAAUGCUCACAGCCAAGGCUCAACUUGGACUGAUUUGGGAGGAGAUAAAGGAGGCUCUGAGGCCACUGGGGUGCCCCCAAUGUGGCUGCAGUUGCCUCCAGAGUCCUGGGAACCUGCUGAUUCUUCUGCUGUUCCUGAUUUGGCAGUUUAGGAGAAAGCAUCACCCAUGGCUCCCAAACAAACAGGAUGGGAGUCAAAGCAUGGUCCUCUCACUUUUAUUCCCUACCUCCCAUAAGUUCCCAGAGAGAGCCCAAAGUUGGCAGCCCCAAAGCUGGAAAGGAGCUCUAUUCUACAAGGAGGAGGAAGAAGAAGAGGAGCAGCAGCAGAAGGAUGAAGAAGAGAAAGAGGAGGAUUUACUGAGACAAAAGAGGCUAGAACCUUGGUGGUAUUCCCACCCUAGAAAUAUGGAGGCUGAGCAGAAGACCUCUUUCUUCCAAACAGAGACUUUAGGGACACCAAAUGAACAGGUGGGGAACCUACGUCCCUCAUUUUGGGGUCCCCAUGAGGCAUGCCAGCCUUUCAGGGGUUCCAAGAGACUCCCAGUCAAAAGAGUGACACUGGAGCCAAUGCCCAACUCUAACCACCUUCACAGCCCUACUGGCCUGAACCAGGCCCCCACCUCCCUUUGUCCCCAUUCUACUUCAAGUGAAAAGGCAAAAGGGAGUAUCCAGUUCUUUUGGGGACUCCCUUCUCUCCAUAGUGAGUCUUUGGAGGCCACUUUUCUGAAAUCUGUUUGCACCUUCCCUGAUGGGGCCACUAACCAACAGCUACCUUUGUAUACACCCCUCAUCUUCUUCAAUGACCUCUCUUACCACCCCCUGUCCAACCUAAAGGUUAAAACAGUAUCCCUUCCUCCCCCAUACCUGCCUUCUAUCUCUCCUCUCCCUGCCUUGCAUGAAAACUGUGAGACUGCAGAAAUGGCAUCCUUUGGGCUCCCAAAUGGACCAGAAGCCCCAUGGUGGGCCUCUGAGUCCCAAGGCCCAAUCCCAGAUCCACUGUUACCUUUACGUUCUCCCCCAUAUUCCCCAGUGAAACCUCAAGAAGUUCACUUCAUGGGAGUCACAAAAGUGAUGGCUUCAGAUGACUAUGAAGUCCCUGGGCCUCAGAAUGUACAACAGAGUAAACUACCCUGGCCCCCCAAAUCUCUAGCCCAGACCCCCAGCUCAUCUUCAGUCGCUGUUCCUAAACCCCAAGGAAUAACUGGUCCAAUAGAAGACCUCAAAGUCGUAGUCUCUGAGGCCCUACUGGGAAAUCAACAGCAGAUUCAGUUUCCCCAAGACCUUAACCCUUCAGGCCCACACCUCAAUACAUCCCUACCACAUCUGCUUAAGCCUCAAGAAGCUGACCUCAGGGGAGCCUGGAGUGAGAUUGCCCCCAUGACUGAGCCCAAGGCCUCAUGCUAUAAGAUCCAGCAAAGUGAACUCCUCCAAGCUGCUGGGACUCCAACCUCAUGGGUCAACCUGCAGAUCCCCCCUGAGCCCCAAGGAACUGGCCUUACACGAAGUCCCAGAGUCACCAGCCUUAUGACCCCUCAUGGACCUGAGAUCCCAUGGUAUAACAUGCAAGAGAAAGAACCUCCCUGGGCUGCUGGGCCUCCAGGCCCAGAAGUUCAAAUGAAGCCCCAGACUGGGCUGCAAGGAGCCAGCCCUAUAGAAGUCUCAGAAGGGACAGUCCCAAGUUGGGACAUAACACAGACCCAGCCUCCUUGGAUCCCAGUCCUAUCUUUAUUCCACCAGGUCGAACCCCAAGGAGCAAACUCUGAGGGAACCCCUAUCCAUAUAGCUAGGCUAGAGCUCCCAGGAUGGGGAGUCCAGCAAAUACAUCUGUCCUGUACCCUAAGGCACAAUACUCCUCUCCUUGAGCCACCAUCCCAUACAUGGAUGCCCCCUUUGAGGGUGCCAGCUAAAACUCAAGAGGACAAGCACUACCCACCAGGAUCCCUCACAGAAGAUAAACUCCCAACGGCCGGGAUAAUGACCUCCAUGCCCCAGGAGGAAGCACCUCUCCAUACCCAGGGGACCCUGGGCCCUGGAACUGAAGGCUGUCUCCAGAACAAAGAACCCAGAAUCCAGUUUAAGAAAAACCAGUAUAAUCCUGGUUACCAUUCCCUAGCUCCCAGCCCCCCAGCCUCUGGCCUGUCUUUUCCCAGGACCCCCCUUCAACAAGGCCUCUGUCCCUUGGAUAUCUCUUUCUGCCCCCUAACUUGUCAGAAUCCAGCCCUCAACCCUACCUCCCAAAGGGCUGUGGGAACCCUGUCCUCUAACUGUGUCCAUGUCCAUGCAAAGAAGGCUAUGUCUCAAGAUGCUAAACCCCUGCAUUGCCAUCCUCCCUCUGACCCUCAGCUAUGGCUGCAGGAGCUUGCUAGGGAUGAGCAGAGCCCUGCCAGGAAGGGGAGAGAUGUCUCCUUGAUGCCUCCAAAGACUCCUGACCUCCAGUCCACUGAGGUCCCAGAGUCCCAGUCCCUGAGUCAGUACAACAAGAACAUGACAGCUUCCAAAAUGCCAUGUAUGCACAGGAAGGCAAAACUAGGAGGGUCCAAGAAGUCAGAGCCCCUGGCCUCAGGCAAGAGCCAAGCCAAGGCCUCAGUCCUGAGCCGGAAGAGAGAACACUCCAGGAAACCCAAAGCUGAAGACCAGGGAGGAGGGGAUGGAGGAUGGGGAGUGUCCCCAUCCAAAGGAAAGAAUCCCUCCUCAGAGGGCAAGAAGCUUACAAGUCACUCCCCUGCACAAAGGUGCUUGGCAUCACCCCCACAUCAGGGGAGUGGGAAUCUCUGUCAGACUGCUUCUCGCCUAGAGCUACCUCAGCCUUCUACGAUGGAAACUUCCCAAGUUCAUUCCUCACAGGGCCCCUCAAAGGGUCAAGGAGCAGGCUGGGGUGACAACUCAGACUCCCAACAUUGGCAGGACUGCUCCCAAGGGGACUGGGGUCUCCAGAGGGAAGCAGGGAAAGGGAGUAACUCCAAUUCCUCUGGCCCAGCUAAGAGAGGCCUACAGAAGUUUCUGGGAGGGCUUCUGAACAACCCAAGUCCUAGCCAAAGAGCUCAGUCGGUGGAGUGUCUGCAGGAAGCAAUAAAAGUAACCCAAGAUCCCAUGGAGCUGCAGCACCGCCAUCUGGUGGCUGAUUCUCAAACAGCAGCCCAUCUGGUAGACCUGAGGUUUGCAGGGGUGCAGGAUGAGGAUAAUGAGGGGCUCCUAAAGCUGGGAGAGGGUGGGGACUAA